AAUCUCAUAAGUCUUACCACUACCUUCUGGCUUACUCCUGGGAGAGGAGGCUGGAAGUGAUGUCCUCGUGGUUCUAUACACGGGGUUUCCACUAUAUCUUGCUACGAAACAAAAUAAGAAAAAUGUAG